UUCAAGUACUCGUUGUUGUAAAAUCUUCACAUUACUUAUUGCAAAAAUUUCAUUGCAAAAAUCGAAUGUACGUUUUGUUUUUUGCUCUAACAAAAAGUAACAUUAUAUAUUAAAAACAAUUAGAAGACUCCAGAGUAACUAGAGAAAGAGAGAGAUAUAGAGAUCAACAAGACGAAUGAGACCUAAUUAAUUUGAUUAAACUAGUUGUAGUUAAAACAACAACAUCAUCAUCAUAAAAAUAAUAAUAAACAAUUACAUGAGUGAAAAAAAAUAAACAAAUAUAAAAUUAAUUAAAUAAUAAUUAUAAUAAAUGGCAUUAUUAUUUACAAGUAUGUGGGAUUCUACAAUGUUUUUGAGUACUUUAACUCCAAAAUUUUAUGUUGCAUUAACUGGUACAUCAUCAUUAAUAUCAGGUUUAAUAUUGAUAUUUGAAUGGUGGUAUUUUCGUAAAUAUGGUACAUCAUUUAUUGAGCAAGUAUCACUUAAUCAUAUAUCACCAUGGAUUGGUGGAGGUGGUGGUAGUAAUAAUAGUGCUAAUAAUAAUGCUGGUGGUGGAAUUGGUUCUGGUGAUACAACAACAUCAACAACAUCAACGUCAACAUCAUCAUCAACAAAUGAAUCACACAAUAACAAUACAAUAAAUAAUACAAAUUCAACAAAUCAAUUGAGUGUACCAGAAUGUAAAGUAUGGAGAAAUCCAAUGAAUUUAUUUCGUGGUGCUGAAUAUCAACGUUUUUUUUGGACAACAAAUAAAGAACCAUUAACAUAUUAUGAUAUGAAUUUAUCAGCUCAAGAUCAUCAAACAUUUUUUACAUGUGAUGGUGAUUCAGAUAAAGCUGAAUUUGAAAUAAUGCAAACAGCAUGGAGAGAAAGAAAUCCAUCAGUACGUAUUAAAGCAGCACAUAAUGCAUUAGAAAAAAAUUCAGAAUGUGCACCAGCAUUAAUAUUACUUGCUGAAGAAGAAGCAACAACAAUAAUUGAAGUUGAAAAAUUAUUUAAACAAGCACUUAAAAUAGCUGAAUUAAAUUAUAAAAAAUCACAAAAUACACAACAUCAAGGUACAAUUGCUGAAGCAAUACAUAGACGUGAUACAAAUGUACUAAUAUAUAUUAAAAGAAGAUUAGCAAUGUGUGCUAGAAAAUUAGGUAAAUUAAAAGAAUCAGUUAAAAUGUUUCGUGAUUUAACAAAAGAAGUACCACCAAUAAUGAAUGUAUUAAAUAUACAUGAAAAUUUAAUUGAAGUAUUAUUAGAAAUGCAAGCAUAUGUUGAUGUACAAACAGUAUUAUCAAAAUAUGAUGAUAUUAGUUUACCAAAAUCAGCAACAAUAUGUUAUACAUCAGCAUUAUUAAAAUCAAGAUUAGUUGCUGAUAAAUUUUCACCAGAUAUUGCUAGUAAAAGAGGUUUAACAAAUGCUGAAAUAUCAGCUGUUGAAGCAAUACAUAGAGCAGUUGAAUUUAAUCCACAUGUACCAAAAUAUUUAUUAGAAAUGAAACCAUUAAUAUUACCAUCUGAACAUGUACUUAAACGUGGUGAUUCAGAAGCAAUUGCAUAUGCAUUUUCACAUUUAUCACAUUGGAAACAAAUUGAUGGUGCACUUAAUUUAUUACAUUGUACAUGGGAAGGUACAUUUAGAUUAUUACCAUAUCCACUUGAACGUGGACAUUUAUUUUAUCCAUAUCCAACAUGUACUGAAUGUGCUGAUCGUGAAUUAUUACCAACAUUUCAUGAUGUUAGUGUUUAUCCUAAAAAAGAAUUACCAUUUUUUAUAUUAUUUACUGCUGGUUUAUGUUCAUUUACAGCAUUACUUGCGUUACUUACACAUCAAUAUCCUGAUACAAUGGGAAUUGUUGCUAGGGCUAUUAUUGCCUGGUUAUCAUUACCUUUUUAUUAUAUUAUGGAGAAACUUGAGGCUGUUUUACCAUCUAAUUUACUUCAACAAUUGUCUAGAAUAUAAAUUUUUUUUUUUCUUUUUCUCUAGACUCUGUGUGAUAAAAUUUUUUUUUUUUUAAUUAAUUUAUCUUUUGUUUUUUGCAUAAUAA